UUCCCAGAUUCUGCCCCCUCAAGGAGAAUGAGGCCUCAAGGGGCCGUCUUGGUGGCUCUUCCCCAGGUGGGGCUCAUCGUGGUCUGGCUGCUCGCCCAUCAUCAGAUGUCUGGUUGGUGUGACGGCCCAAGGAAGCUGCCCUGGUGCCCACCCUACAAAGUCUUGUUGGUUGUGUGGACAACUAUCUACUCCAUCAUGGGCUAUGCCUCCUACCUGGUGUGGAAGGAGCUGGGAGGGGCCUUCAGGCAGCCCCUGGCCCUGCCUCUUGGCCUCUAUGCUGUGCAGCUCACCAUCAGCUGGACUGUCCUGAUUCUCAUUUUCGUAGCCCACACCCCUGGUCUGGCCCUGCUGCACGUGCUGCUGCUCUACGGGCUGGUGGUGAGCAUGGCACUGAUCUGGCACCCCAUCAACAAACUGGCUGCCCUGCUUCUGCUGCCCUACCUGGCCUGGCUGACUGUGACCGCUUCCAUCGCCUACCGCCUGUGGAGCGAAAGCCUUCGUCCAGAGCGCCAGCCUCAGCCCACAGCGGAGAAGAGCCACUGA